AUGUCAACCCAGGAUCCUAAUUCUACAAUCGCGCCUUACGAAAGCCGCCUUCGACUGUUAUCUCUUAAAUCAUUCCGCCUUUACCUCCGUGCCUCAGAUCAGGGAGUGCCCGCACGCACUACCACAGCUGUUCUCGAUAUACGGCUCUCUGGUCCAUCUGCUCUUCUGCACACCCAAAAGCAGACCACAUUUGCGCCAAGAAUCGAAAAGCCUGCACUACAAAACACCGCAACCUUUCGAGAACAGAAGCGUUUACUUGGUGGGUCAAACCAUUUAUCAGAGAGUAGACAGCAUGACAAUUUCAUUUCCACUGAGUCACUCAUUAUCAUUGCUGUGAUGGUUGCGGCAGUUGCUGCGCUUCUGUUUAUCGUGGUUCUCUUGGCUUCUGCCUGUGUGCGCAAGCGGAUUAUGGCGAAUCAGGCCAGACAACAGUGCUCGGGAGCAAGGAAGCCUACGACUGCCGAAUUCGAGCUGCAAAUCGCAGGAGAGGAGGUCGGUGCAGGCGGUUCUGUCGGCUCGAUGGUGAAGAAAAUUUACGAGGUGUCACCUCAGCCACCACCUUUCAUUGACUCCACUUCGACGUAUGUAACAGUGACAAGAAACACCCUUAGGAGGAAUAACAGUAAUCAGAGAGAGAACGUCUCUGUUCCAACUGAUUUAACAACAACUUACACCGUACAGUCACUUGAUAACCUGAACUCCAUCCAAUCGGAUGUCAUCAGCCCCUAUCAUUUUGAGAAAGCAGCUGCCAGGCAACCUGGCGGCAUCCUAGUUCAGGGUCCUUCAACUAGUCUAAUGGAAGUGGAUCCACGAUUACCACCACCUGGACCUAGAGAUGGGCCUGCUGGAGCCACAGAAGCCUCGUUUCUACAGAAACAAAAGGUCUUCUCCACGGAGUCCGUCGGAGGACAACCCACCACAACCCCCUAUACGCGGGCCGGCAAAGCGCCAGUAAUCUGCAGUUCUGCUGGGACACUCAGCAGCGCGUUAUCUUUUCAAACUCUACCGCGAAACCACCCCAGCGCGGCUUACGUGGCACUUCCUUCAGCAUCGGUGGCUUACGCACCGGAGGCCAUGAGAUCAUCAGAAGGCAUACUUUUGGGGCCGAGAGGGGUAAAUCUAGGUGGGAAAUGCCUUGCUGCCAACAAGGAUCUGUCUCCUAACACAACACACCCUUGCGUCGGACCGUCAUUCCUGAUCAAAUUAGAUAAGCCUGCUGGAUUUUUACUCGAUCCCGAUAGUCCCAAGGCCUACACGCCACUGAACUUCACCAUGUCUGGAACCGUGCACCAACCGGCUGACGGCUCAUGUUCGCCCAAUCAGGAGUCAAGUUUCGUAUAA